AUGUUAAUCUAUUUGUUCAUUAUCUAUUUAUUUAUCUGUCUCUCUCUCCGUCUCUCUCUCUCUCUCUCUCUCUCUAUCUAUCUAUCUAUCUCCAUCUGGUCAUUAUCAAUCUAUUUAUCUAUGUACAUCUGUUCGUCAUGCAUCUAUCUAUCUAUCUAUCUAUCUAUCUAUCUAUCUAAUCUAUUUAUAUAUAUAUAUAUAUAUAUUCAGUUCUAUUAUGUUCAUUAUCAAUCUAUAUGUCCAUUAUCUAUCUAUAUAUCUAUCAAAUCUAUCUCCAUCAGUUCUAUCUAUCUAUCUAUCUAUCUAUCUAUCUAUCUAUCUAUCUAUCAUCUCUCUCUCUCUCUCUCUCUCUCUAUAUAUAUAUAUAUAUAUAUAUAUAUAUACAUAUAUAUUCAGUUCUAUUAUGUUCAUUAUCAAUAUCUCUAUAUGUCCAUUAUCUAUCUAUAUAUCUAUCAAAUCUAUCUCCAUCAGUUCAUUAUCUAUCUAUCUAUCUAUCUAUCUAUCUAUCUAUCUAUCUAUCUAUCUAUCUCUCUCUCUCUCUCUAUAUAUAUAUAUAUAUAUAUAUAUAUAUAUAUAUAUAUAUAUAUAUAUAUUCAGUUCUAUUAUGUUCAUUAUCAAUCUCUCUAUAUGUCCAUUAUCUAUCUAUAUAUCUAUCAAAUCUAUCUCCAUCAGUUCAUUAUUAUUCAUCUAUCUAUCUAUCUAUCUAUCUAUCUCUCAUUCUCUCGUUGGUCAUCUCUCUUUUCUUCCUCUCUUUGGUCAUAUGUAUUUCUUUUUUACUCUAAUUCCCCUUUCUUUCUCGCUUUGUCCGUCUUCCCUUCUUUCUUUAAUUCACCUUUCUUUCUUUUCAUUUUUCCCUUUUAUUUUGCGGUUUUUUUCUCUUUAACUCCCCUUUCUUUCUUUCUUUCUUUCUUUCUUUCUUUCUUUCUUUCUUUCGUCAUCUUCUUCUCUUUCUUAAAUCAUUCAUUUACUGUUUUCUCUAUUUUUACACCUGCUUCUUUCUUUUUCUUUUUUCUUCCUCUGCCAUUUCAUUGCCUUUCUUUGUCUUUGCUUUAUUUAAUGUAUUUCCUUUACUUUCAUUCUAUUUUUUUUUAUCUUCGAUCCUUUUCUUUACUUUUCUUCCGUAUAACUUGUCUUUUACUAUCCUCUUUCACUUAUCUAUUUUAUUUUCGUUCGUUUUACUUCAUCCCUUUUUUCCUCUCUCUUUCGCUCUCUCUCUUCGUUUGUAAUUCUUACUUUCCUUCUUUUUUCUUUCUUCCUUUUUCCUCCUCCUUUCUGUUGCGAUUUUCUUCUCUUUAUUCUUUUCCCUCGUUUUACUUCUUCCUUAUUGCCUUUCCUCCUUUCUAUCUUUCCUCCUUUCUGUCUUUCUGUCUCACGUUAACUCUUUUUGUAAAUUCUUCUUGUUUGACCCUAUUUCAUUCUUUUCUUUCUUUCUUUUUCUUUCUUUCUUUUUCUUUCUUUCUUUCUUUCUUUCUUUCUUUCUUUCUUUCCUACGUGUAUUUCACUUUUUGA